UGUAAUCAGGCAGUUAAUGAAAUGGCCUAUUGUGGUUAAACAUCUUUUUUAAAUGUUGGUUCGUAUUGUAGCGUGGGUUUUUGCUUAUAGUGCUUGUAACGGUUGUAAUACUUGUUUGGUCUAUGCCCGACAUCAAGCCCGUUGAUGGCAACACACAUAUUUGUUUGCAGGAUAAUGGAUAUUUGCGUUGCAGCGAAACGGUGACAACUUUUAGUCGGAUUUUAGAAAAGGAAGUUGAGAAUGUUUAUGCAAAAACGACAAAGCAACAUGUAGAAGAUACGAAAGCAUAUUUUAAUACUCACGUGAAGAUAGAGCUUAAGAAUGAUUACCUGGCUACAAUUCCUGACAAGAAGCCCUCAGCAAAACUCGUAGGCCAAAUAUCAAACCUAAAACAGGAUUAAAUGUACUGACCCAGCAUUUGCAGAUGUCAGCUAUUCCAUCGGAAUAUGAUCAUUUGAUAAUCACAAUUGUAUACAACUUCUCCGAAUUUAAAAGAAAUUAAAGGAUGACCAAAAACGAAGCCGAUGGGCAGUUGUAUGCCAUUACCAAAAAUCAGCGUGUAUGGAAUGUGACCAGUAGCUGAAUGAAUUCCUUACCAGUAUGUCAUCAAUUAUUCAAGAAACACACGAUUGUGACAAGCCCGUAUUCGCAUGUAUGUUAUAGGGAUAUAGCGGACUACACUACAAUGGCGAGUCUAUCCGCUGUGUUCUCUGAGAAGGAAAGGACGAACUGGCUGAAGGCGUGGCUAGCAGUUGACAUUGCAAAGGCUGGUUUAGAGCAAUUUGUGGAGAACGAGGCUAUAACUUUACAAGCCAGUAUAUACAAACUUGUCUUGUCUAGUAGUCAGGCGCAAGCCGCGUGUAUAGGCUGUCACACUGCAAAUUUGCUAAAAUGCCCAACAAAAAACGUAUGCAAUAAACGGGGAUCACACAGCACAUGCACAUCGAUGCAUGAUAGCGCGUUAAAACAACCACGACCAUGUCCUGCUAAUGUGUGUAAUAAAGUUCAUGACGAGAUUGUUAAGCAGCAUAGAUUUAAUAAUCCGUCUUGGAAAAAUACAACGGCGCAACAAUGGGCAACAAAUCCAUGGCAAGUAGGCAAGGCUUAUCUACCUCCCGACGGAUAUGCUGGGAAGACUUCGGUUCAAGAUACAGAUUUCAACGGAAUCAUCAGCUUUAUGAUGAACUGCAAACACUUUGACAACAGCUUGUCAUUCCUUAUUUCUCCAGGACACCAUCAUUCGCCAUGCCUUCUGACAAAAGCACGAGACAUUGGCAGAACUGUCCGUCACCUGUCUCAGUGUAAAGUAACAGACCCAGAUCUCCAGGACAUCUUCAAAACACUGACAUGCCUGCUGAGUGACCCAACGUGUCUAGUGCAUGACGUUGCUGCAAAGGAGGCUGUGAGGAAAUUAGCAGAGCUGGAACAGGAUACAUUGAAGAUAACCACGGAGGAAAUGAUUCGUCUACUAGAGGCUGCGCAAGAUACAUUAAAGACAGUUGAAAAUAUAGCAGAUAAAUCUAUGUCUGAGAUGCAGAUGCACCUUGAACAAUGUAAGAAGGCUCUCAAUACACACUUGGACAAAUGUAAACAGGAACUUGAUGAGCACACUGCAAAAUGUAAUAUAGCGGAGAAGAAGGAUCUCAAUACACACUUGGACAAAUGUAAACAGGAACUUGAUGAGCACACUGAAAAAUGUAAUAUAGCGGAGAAGAAGGAUCUCAAUGCGCAUACGGACAAAUGUAAACUGGAACUUGAUGAGCACACUGCACAAUGUACACAUGCUAUAGACGAACAUGUGAGCAAGACGGUGGAAUCGACCUAUGGGCAAUCUUGUAAAGAACUGAUAGAGCGUACGAAGAAACUAUACAGUGACACUUUAAGUCGAGUUACUAUAUCUCCAUUGAAUGACUACAUACAAGAAAAAGUAGGAGAUGUUUAUUUGUCGCCAAAAAUUGUUCAAAUGUCCCAGGACAGAGGUACGUUUAAGAAAACAGACUCACAGGUUACACAGUACAAGGAUGUGUUGUUUACAGACGACACAGUUAACCCACGAAUAUUUCUUCAAGGUGAGGCGGGGUCUGGAAAAACAACGUUCUUAGCAAAGAUGGCCCUAGACUGGUGUGGGGAACCGCAUGUUUGUAGUGCAUCUGAUAACAGAUCAAUUUUCUUUAGUGAUGUCGAUGUUCUGCAAGGCUUUGUGUUCGUUUUCCAUAUCACAUUGAGAAAUUCGGUAAAACAAUUCGACGUAUAUACAUUGAUUAAAGAGCAAAUAAUAGACUCGAUAUACUCCUAUGAAGACCGUGCGAAGGCGUACAUACUAUUGAAUGAGAUAAUGAAACGUGAACAAUGCUUGGUACUACUUGAUGGUCUAGAUGAGUGGACCGGACCUGGAGAUCAUCACAACAUACCGACAUUGGUAGUAGAUCACAGCAAGUGUGUGAUGUUAUUUUCAACACGACCUUGGAAAUUGGCUGUAAGUAAAAUUAUGCUAUCGGACAUGUAUACAUCGGUGCAAUUGGAAGGAAUAAACAAGCCGUUUGAGCUCAGCAGAAUUCUCCUGAGCCGUUUGGUAGAUAAGGAUGAUCUUAAAAUUAAAUACUCAGCAUUUAAGAAUUACAUAGCGAAACAGAAGCUCUACAAUUUACUGUUAUCUCCAAUGAUGCUCUCUGCAAUCGUUUGUUCAUAUGCAGAGGGAACAGAACUCAAAGGCUCGAAGUGUGAAAUAUACAUCCUUUUACUGGAAAGUCUGUUUAAGAAACCGAACAGUGAAAUGUGUACAUUUGAACAGCCCCCAUUUCGAUGCUUCACAGGGACUCAAUACAUACAGCCCAAUAUGGAAUCCCUAAAUCGCCUUGCCGAACUAGCAUUUCAUUUGUUGUUUGUAAAUGCAAGGGAAAACUCACUAGUGUUUACUGACACCGAAUUAAGGAAAUUUAAGUUGAAUGAAAGGGAACAAAAGGAAUUUGCAUUAAAAUCCGGAAUUUUGUCGUCAGCACGAAACACUUCGUCACUGCGAUCGGCAUCUUCAUUUUCGUUUAUCCACUUGAGCAUGCAGGAAUUCCUCGCUGCUUAUCAUAUUGCCCGCAAUACCCAUCUUGUUGAUGGCGUUAUUUCUGUGUAUCUUAAACGUCACAAUGAUGCAUAUCGCGAAAUAUCACAGGUGUUUAUAUUCCUGUGUGGACUGGAUGUAUCGAGUGUGGACUCGCUAUCAAGCAUGAUGGAGCAGCACCAUGUUAUGCCAAAUUCUAACUACGACGUCUGGCUUCGAAACUACAGGUUUCAAGACACCAUACUGACAGGACUCCGAGAAGCUGUUGCAAACGGACAUAACGACAUUCGCCUUAGACUAAGUCGCUUCAGCUUCGAUAAUGAUAAUAUCAUAGACCUACAUAGGAUUUGGACAAAUAAUGCGUCAAAUGUUCUUUCCUUGGAAGUUGACAAGUAUCAAAAUGACGAGUCAGCAUCUCAUAUAACGCUGGACAUAUCAUUGUGUCGGAAGCUGCAAAAGUUACACCUACAGGGAGGCGGCAUAUUGCUUAAAGAUUUUUCCGAUGUGGCCUCAUUGGAACUUCCGGUCUGGAUUGUUCUAAACAGUUCCGAUCCAAGCCAGUACACAGACCCUUCUCCACUACUGCCCUCUAUAGAAUAUAUUGUGUUAAGGUGUGUCACAUGUUCCUAUACGUCGCUAUGCAGUCUGCUCAGCAGUCUGCUGACACUUGAUCAUAAGGUGAAGUGUGUGCUGAAUUACUGUGAAAUAACGUCGUGCGUAGAGGGCGCAGUCUGCAAAUUAUGUAAAACUGGCCGUGUAAAAAUAAAAAAAGAAAAUAAACAAAUAGCAGUGACCUUACUUGAUACAAGUCUGUUGAUAGCUCUCAAUGGUCUGAAUAUCACUAGUCUGAGUACGGAUGGUCGUUGUAAAGCUUUUCGAGAAAAUCAUAAAGAGUCGUUGACUCAGACGAUUGUAUUGCUCUUACAGCUGGACGAACUUAGUAUUAAAGUGAAGCAUAGCAUACCUCAGUCACCUGAUCAGUGGAAGACUCUUCACGGUUUGAAUAUUAGGAGUCUGAGUCUGAGAAGUUGGGAAUUGAAGCAUACAGAGUCAUUGUCUCAGUCGUUAGCCUCGCUUACACGGCUAGAAAUGCUUAGUAUUGAAGUACACGAUGACGCACCUGGUAUGUGGGAGGCUCUUCAUGGUCUAAGUAUCAAAAGUCUGAGUCUGAGUAUUUUUUGGAUAUUACAGCAUACAGAGUCAUUGUCUCAGUCGUUAGCCUCGCUGACACGGCUAGAAAUGCUAAGUAUUGAAGUAGACUAUGACGCACCUGGUCUGUGUGAGGCUCUCCAUGGUCUGAGUGUCAAGAGUCUAAGUCUGAGUCUGGGUCUCAGUCUGAGUCUGAGUUUGAGUGACGUCUGUUUAGAUUUUGAAAUAGAGUAUGCGACGUCUCUGAAGCAGUCGCUAUUAUCUAUCAAACAGUUGGAAACAAUUAGUAUUAGUGUGGGUGUAUACAGCCCUUGUCUGUGGAAGGCUCUCAAUGGUCUGAGUAUCAAGAAUCUGAGUCUGAGUAUGCGUUUGAGUGACGUCUGUUUAGAUUUUGAACUAGAGUAUGCGACGUCUCUGAAGCAGUCGCUAUUAUCUCUCAAACAGUUGGAAACACUUAGUUUAAGUGUGAAUGUAGACAGUCCUGGUCUAUGGGAGGCUCUGAGUGGUCUGAACAUCAAUAGACUGAGUCUGAGUGGUGUGAGGAGAGGAUUGAGACUGAGUGUGUGCAGUAAGUGGGGAGGUUUGAUAGUGGAGCAUGCAGAGUCGUUGUCUCAGUCGCUAUCAUCACUCACAGAGCUGGAAACUCUUACACUAUAUGUCCAUAAAUACAUUGCGCUGCAGGUACCACGAUCAUUGAAGUAUUUGAAUAUCUACUUUACCACAUUGCUUCCCUCCGAAUUACGGGACCUUGUGGACACACUGGCUGCAUGUUCGCAUGCAAUUGAGAUUAAUCUAGAAUGUGCUUUUCUUGAUAAUCAAAAACGAAUCCCACUACAGAAAUACAUUCCAAUUGAACAAGAACUGGUUUCACGGACGAAUGUUGUAGUUAAAAGAUUCCAAAUAUAUGUAACUGAAUCUUAUUCUACCAUGCCUGUACUUUACAUUGGUGGUGUUGAUGACCCUGCUCACCGUGGCUUAAGCAUGAAACAUGAUGCAUAUGAAAGAUUCGCUAAACUUAUGAAAAGAUUCAAAUGUAGUCGAAUUUCAAUAGGACUUCAGAUAAAUCCAGACUCAUUCUUAUAAAUAAGUGUGUGUUGUUGUUAGACAUUUAAUUAAUUUGAAACUAGUGUUAUUCAAGCGUUAUAGUGUGCGUUAUACUUUUUAAAAAUCAAACUUUUUUUACGUUAUGCGUACACUUAUGUUUUGUUCGCUUUAUGCAUGCACUUCAGUUAUAACAUUAUGCUAGCAUAUUGUGCUGUUGCAUUUCAGACAUGGCAAUUAAGAUACACAAGCUGGCAUGUUUCGUGUCACAUUAUUAAAAGGAAUAAUUAAGCUGUAUAAUCACAUUACGUUUAUAUUUCGUGUAAAUAGUAUGGUAUAUGUUUUAAUUGAACGUAUGUCUUUGUUUUCAUGCAAUAAACAAUUUCGAACACAGUGUUACAAUUUAAGUAGUUCGCGUUGAAGCAUGAGUAUUUAACUGUGCACUUUUCAUUCCGUUGACUUUAUCUAUAAAGAUUGCACGACAUCAUCGAUUUGAUUGUCCUCUUUUGUAUAUAAUUUACGACACUUUGAUAAUUAAAAUGCAUAAAAAAUAUUUGUAUUUGCGUUUUGUGCAAAGUGCUUGUCAAAUCCAAAACGCUUGAAGAGCCUGCCAGUUUUUGCCUGUUUUGCCAUGUCUGUACGUGACAUAAGUGGCGUUGAUGAUGCUGCCAACGAUGAACUUAGCGUUAAAGAAUAUGUUUAUUAAAGAUUCGUUGAAUGUAUGAAUGGCAGAAAAAUAAUUGACUUUAUAUACGACUUUAUAUACGUCCAGACUCAAUGCCAUGCAUAACUUUAUGCUGUUGUUGGUCAGUAUAUUAAUAUAAAUCAAUUGUUAUUAAUGCCCUGAAGUGCGUGUGGCACUUUGAACAAAUCGAAACUUUGUUGACACUAUGUGUCAAAUAUAUGUUGUUUUUUUGUUUCAUACACGCAAUUAAGCUAUAGCAGUAUGCUUUUAUACUGUGUUGAUGAAUAUACCACUUGUGUUAUUUGACAAAACAAUAUAGUAGACACAUAAUAUUUCGAUUUUAAAAUGAUCGCAGUCUAAUUUGUAGUGACAUUCAAUGACAAGUAUAUAUUUGUAAAUAUCCAUCCAUCUUUAAAAGAUACACAUUCGCACGAGCUUUUCUGUUAGAUUGAUGGAUUAUUUUAAUAAACACAAUCACGUCAAUUUAGCUCCGAAAUAAUAAAUAAAGUCAGAUGCUUUAAUUAAAAUACACGAAAAAAAACAAUAGGCGAUGUUUCUUCUUGCUACAGAGCAAGUGUCACACUACUUAACGCAAUAAGACUUUAAAUUACGUUUGGUUUAAUGUUUUGUGUAAAUGUUAUUAAAUUGUACAUAGCUUAAUUCAAUGCUUUCUUUUGUGUUGAUUAAUUAUAAAAAAAUGAAGAGUUUGAUACAGUCUUACACAUGCGCGUUAAAGUAUGCGCAUUUUACUGAACAUAUUCUGCCUUAUUCUUAAAGCAUUUGACUUCAUAUAUUACUAUUGCAUGACAUAUCACUUAUGAUUUCCGUUUUUUCUCUAUAAUUAACACAACUUGAUUAGUUAAUAUUCAACAUAAACUAAAGUGUGUAUAUCUGAUUUUUGUGCAAAGUGCAGGUCGUUUUGAUCGUAUUUAAUAACUGUACCCUCAAAAAGUGGUCAAUAAAAUUUACUUUUCAAGGAUAUAUAACAAAAGGAGUGUAUUUAUUUUUUAAAUGCAUAUAAAUUCAACAGUUUAGAUGUAUGUUCUUAAAUAUGUAUAUUUUAUAUAUGCAUAUUUCUAAUUAAUUACGAUAAACGGUUGUUUCGGAUUGUUUAAUAAUUUUGUAAGCUUUUUGAUGCAUAUAAAACUGAUGAUUAUUAAAUAAAAUUCAAUAGUUAAACAGCGUUGUCGUUGAUUGUGUAGUUAUAAUGUAUAUAAGCUUGAUUGCGAUGAUGUCUUUGUAAACUAUCUUUCGAUGCGGUUUGAUAAUGCUCCUACUGUUGAUGAUGAUGAUGAUGAUGAUGAUGAUGAUGAUGAUCAUGAUAAUGAUGAUGCUGAUGAUGAUGCUGCUGCUGCU